CCAGGCCGCGGCGUGGCUGCUCCUGCCCUUGUGGGCUUGACGUGGGUCGCCGUGGCAUCUGUGGCUCCUUGGCCUCCAGCACCCUUCGUCUUCUGCCCUUGGCUCCCACCAGCUUCCUUCUGAAGCCAUGUCUGCCAAGGUCUCCAACAUGAAAAGAAACGCAGGGAGAGACGCUCGCUGGAUUCCCAGUCCCAACGACGAAGCUUUGCUUUUGAGGCAGAAACACAAAUUGCUACAAGUCAGAGAGAAAGGAGACCCUCCUGUGCGGGGAACACGAGACCUCAAGCCAUGGGAAGGCCGCCGGCUCCGGCGUGUGGCUGAGAAGUCGAGGGCGGAGUGGCAGGAAGCCCCCAACCGGCAAGUCCCAGGCCUGGGGAGGCUGCGUUGUGCACAUCUGUUAAGUAUGGGGGGAGGACGGGCCACAGAACAGGAACCUGACUCACAGGGGCUGGCUUGGCCAGGAGCAGCCUGGCCGCCAAGGGCCUGCAGGAAGCAGAGAGCAGCCUGCAGGGAAGAGAAGAGUUGCAAAGGAGGCCUGGUCAGACUGCAGCUGUGGGACACCAAGUCCCCAAGGAGAGCAGUGGGCGCCGAGAAGAAGGGGGCUAGCAGAGCGGCCGGCCUGCCGUAUCUCCCCCUGGGCCUCCCUGAGAAGAAUACAAGGAAACAAGGGCCUUCAAGGAAGACCAGCAGUGGCCGCCGUCCCGCUGACCCUCGGGUGAGAGGAGGCCCGGACAUGGGGACGCUCUGGACUGCUGCAGGGGCGAUCAGGCUCCUGGAGGAAAGGGAGGACGACCUCACCCGGGACGGGAGGGGGCAGCUGGGGAGGAGCAGUGCUCAUCUCGUUCAAAGCCCGACAGACAACUUUCUGGAUCAGAGUCCCAAGGGCCAAGAGGAUGACCGGGAACAGCGGUGGCCAGUCGGCUCCACCCGAGGAAGGGGAACCGUGCCCCAGUUGUCCCCGCGCCAGUGCGGUGACAAGAGCAGGUGGCAGCGAGAGCUGGAUCUUGCCUUCGAGUUGUUGUUUAACACAAACAGAAAGCUGAAGAGACACCUGAGCUUGUACCUGGAGCCCAGGCCGGGGAUGUACCAGAACCCCGGAGAACGGGACUUCUCAGAGAUGCAGGGACAGAGAGCCGAGCCCUGGAGAGAGACGACGGCAGCCGAUGCGGAAGUGGUGCCUGCAGGGGAGGCCAUGAGUUCAGCGGAGGGGGGCGCCCACCAGACAUCGCCCACAACUGACCUGCAAACGCUACUGAGCAAGCCCAAGAACCAGAAACAUCAGGGGAUGGUCAAGGCCAGGUCCAAGAACGAGGGUCAGCUGUCGCCUUCGGAGGCAGGAGCGUUUAUCAGCGAGGAGCAUCUCGUCUCGAGCAGCCCAGAGUCCAGACACGAAGCGCCCCGGCUGGACACGCUCUCCCGCCCACGUCACCCACAAGAACAAGCAGACGGAGCUGGCUCGAGGGCGUCAAGGCAAAAGCAGCAAAUGGAGAUGGAGCAGAGAAGACUAACGCAGCUGGAGUUGCCUGAACAAACCGAACACCCAGUGACGAGCUUGAACUUGGAGGCCCGCUGCCAGACUGAGCUAGGAGAGGAGAGGCAGGGACAGACAGGGGCUUGGGGACAGACAAGAGCUCGCCUGGCCCAUCUCACGGCCUCCUCCUCUCGAGACCAGGAGAAGGAAGUGGGAUGUGAGCUCAGUCCCACUCUCCACCGGGCCGCCAGCAUCCUCGAUGACGAUGAGAACUACGACUUCGACGACGACGGGCACAGUCACAUGAUCAGUGACCUUCAAGAGCAAAUUUUAGAGCAAAACAAGUUGCACAAGCAGUUUCUUGAAGAAGCCAGGAAACGCUUGAGAGAGUUUCAGAAAAUAUGUUAAAAGCGCGAGUCCCACCCACGAUAAACAUAUCACUGAUGCCUGGGCAUGAUCCCAGCACUGAUGCCUGUCUGUGAGGUCUGUGUGCGUCACCUGCUCAGGAAGCAGUAGGCCCCUUUACUCAUUCCCUAACCUUGCCUUUAAACCGAAGCCCUGCUCUGGAAGGCUCCUUCGCACAGAACAGGAACCCAUGUGGGUGCGGUGACCGGUCUGGCCAGAGCAGCGGCAGAGGCGGGUCCCAGAGCUGCGGCUGUUUUCAUGUGCCACAGGCACAGACGGGAAGUCCAGGUAAAUUUCAGCCCUUUAGAUGUCUUAGGCGAAUAAACACUGGACUUUCAGGGGCAUUC